GUUGCACUUCACGUGGUAUUUGACAUACACAGAAAUUUCGUUCUAUGAUGUGUCAUAGUUUUAUAUUAAACAUGUAACAGUACAAAAGGAAAAGAAAAGUCGUUCUAUUUUAGGCGCAUCCGGUGAAGGUGAAUUACCCCCAGGGGUGGGGUCUCCUGUCAUUUAUACCAAAGAAGCGGUUGAGUUAUGUCAAUCACGUAAGAAACAAUAUUCAAUAAUAAAUCAUGGCACGACCUAUUGUACCUAGUCAACAAAAGUUGGCUGAGAAACUGACUAUUCUAAAUGAUAGAGGUAUUGGAAUGUUAACUCGCAUUUACAAUAUAAAAAAGGCGUGCGGCGAUGCAAAAUCGAAACCUAGUUUUCUUUCUGAUAAAACUUUAGAAUCGUCUAUUAAGACAAUUGUUAGAAAGUUUCCUAACAUUGACAUUAAAGGUCUUCAAACGAUUACAAAUCUUCGCAAUGAGAUUAUUAAAUCACUGUCUUUAUACUAUUACACUUUUGUCGACCUGCUCGAUUUCAAAGACAAUGUCUGUGAACUUUUAACUACAAUGGAUGCUUGUGGGGUACACAUGGACAUUACGAUAAAUUUUGAUUUGACCAAAGGUUAUUUGGAUCUUGUUGUGACUUAUGUCAGUUUGAUGAUACUGUUGUCGCAAGUGGAAGAUCGUAAAGCAGUCCUAGGCUUAUUUAAUGCAGCUCACGAGAUGGUACAUAACCAAUCUGAUCCUAGUUUUCCUCGUUUGGGACAAAUGAUUAUGGAUUACGAUGCGCCAUUAAAAAAACUUUCGGAAGAGUUUGUUCCACAUUCUAAAUUGUUGAAGAAUGCUCUUACUUCUUUGUGGCCUAUUUAUCCUGGAAGAAAUUUAUCUGCUGACACAUGGAGGGCUGAUCAAAAACUCAGUCUUGUCGGCAGCCCUGGAAAAAUACUUAAAGCAGCAGCAACAGAUACUAUGUCUUGUGAAACUUUAAGUUUGGAUAGGAUAGAAAGAUGGGUUAUAUUAGGAUUUACGCUAUGUCAUUCGUUCUUGAGUCAAGAACAGCCUAGUAAACUUUGGACCACAGCAUUGGAGUCAGGUUGGGUUUUAGCUUUGUUUAGAGACGAAGUGAUUUAUAUACAUCAGUAUAUACAAAUAUUUUUCGAAAGUAUAAAAGGAUACAGUAAAAGAGUAUCCGAAGUGAAAGAGUGUUAUAAUCAAGCGGUACAAAAAGCUGGCUACAGACAUAGAGAAAGAAGAAAGUUUUUGAGAACAGCAUUGAAAGAAUUAGGUUUAAUUUUAACUGACCAACCUGGUCUUCUGGGACCAAAAGCGCUGUUGGUUUUAAUGGGACUCUCUCACGCAAGAGACGAAGUUCUAUGGCUUUUAAGACACGGUGUUAAUCCACCGACACAAGGAAAAGGCAAAGGAAGGGGCGGAGAAGAUUUAGUGGAUCGUCAGUUACCCGAAUUAUUAUUUCAUUGCGAAGAACUAAGAGCAUUAGUGAAAAAAUACUCCCAGGUUUUACAGAGGUAUUACGUGCAGUUUUUAUCAGGAUUCGAUGCUCCUGCUUUAGAUCAAAUGAUACAGAAUCUCCCGGUUUGUCCCGAGGAUGAAGGAGCAAUUCUUAGCGACAUGUGUUCAAAGAUAGCUAGUCUAACAGUGAAACAGGUCGAAGAUAACGAACUUUUUGAUUUUCGUGCUUUUAGAUUGGAUUGGUUUCGAUUGCAAGCUUACAUGUCGAUUGCAAAGUGUAAUAUGAAUUUAGCUGAUAAUAGAGAAUUAGCAUCAUUUAUGGAUACAGUAGUAUUUCAUACUAAGAUGGUAGAUAAUUUAGAUGAAAUGUUAGUUGAAACAUCCGACUUGUCCAUCUUUUGCUUCUACAGUAAAGUGUUCGAAGACCAGUUUCACAUGUGCUUAGAAUUUCCUGCUCAAAAUAGAUAUAUCGUCGCUUUCCCUUUAAUAUGCAGCCAUUUUCAAAGCUGCACGCACGAGCUGUGCCCGGAAGAACGUCAUCAUAUUCGAGAAAGAAGUCUAUCGGUUGUCAAUAUGUUCUUGGAUGAGAUGGCUAAAGAGGCCAAGAAUAUUAUUACGACUAUAUGCGAUGAACAGUGCAAUAUGAGCGACAAACUGUUGCCAAAACAUUGCGCUCUGUUAAUCUCGCAAGUGGUGAACCGUAAAAAGAAAGACAAAAAUAAAAAAAAUAUGUAUGAAAUUCAUAAACCGGGUAUAGAAAGUUACCGAAAAACCAGAGAAGAACUUACAACGAUGGACAAACUUCACAUGGCGUUAACGGAGCUAUGCUACGCUAUUAAUUACUGUCCCACUAUUAACGUAUGGGAAUAUACCUUUGCACCAAGAGAGUACUUGCAUCAGCAUCUAGAAUCAAGAUUUGCAAGGGCGCUUGUUGGAAUGGUCAUGUACAAUCCAGAUACCAGCGAAAUCGCGAAACCGUCGGAACUCUUUGUUAGCGUCAGAUCUUAUAUGAAUGUUCUACAGACAGUUGAAAAUUACGUGCACAUAGAUAUUACUCGCGUAUUUAAUAACGCCCUCCUUCAGCAAACGCAAGAGUUGGACAGUCACGGCGAUAAAACCAUCGCUGCAUUGUACACGCAAUGGUAUUCGGACGUUUUAUUAAGACGCGUCAGCGCCGGGAAUAUUUGUUAUUCCGGUAAUCAAAGAGCAUUCGUCAGUUUGUCGGUAGAGGGUGCAAUACCUUUCAACGCGGAAGAAUUUUCUGACAUUAACGAAUUGAGAGCGUUGGCCGAACUCAUCGGGCCGUACGGGAUGAAAAUGUUAAACGAGAACUUGAUGUGGCACAUAGCAAGCCAAGUCCAACAGCUGAAAAAAUUAGUCUCUGGUAACAAAGACGUUCUCAUUUCCUUGAGGACAAACUUUGAUAAGCCGGAAGUGAUGAAGGAGCAGUUCAAAAGGUUGCAGCAAGUAGAUAAUGUACUACAACGAGUUACAAUUAUAGGUGUAAUUCUAAGUUUUCGACAGUUGGCGCAGUCAGCGUUGGUCGAUGUCUUGGAGGAACGAAUACCGUUUCUUUUGAGCUCGAUUUUAGAUUUCAGACACCAUUUACCGUCUGGCGAUCCCAUGCGCGUCGUUUCGGAAAUGACGUCGGCAGCGGGUUUGACCUGCAAAGUUGACCCGACGUUAACGGCAGCGCUGAGGAGCCAAAAAUCCGAAGUGGACGAAGACGAGCAUUUGCUCGUUUGUUUGUUAAUGGUCUUCGUGGCUGUUUCGAUACCAAAAUUGGCUCGGAACGAGAACUCCUUUUAUCGAGCGUCUCUCGAAGGGCACUCGAAUAACAUACAUUGCAUGGCGACCGCGAUAAACAAUAUCUUCGGUGCAUUGUUUACUAUCUGCGGCCAAAACGAUAUAGAGGAUAGAAUGAAAGAAUUCCUAGCUUUGGCGUCGUCCAGCUUGCUCAAACUAGGUCAAGAAGCGGACAAAGAGGCAAUCAAAAACAGAGAAUCUGUGUACCUUCUGUUGGACCAGAUAGUCCAAGAGUCGCCGUUUUUAACAAUGGAUUUGUUAGAAAGCUGUUUCCCGUAUGCAUUAAUACGCAACGCUUAUCACGACGUGUAUAAGCUCGAGCAUUCACAGCCAUAAAAGCAUUGAUAAAAAAAAAGAUGUGUGUGUAUUUUCAGCUUGCCGCUCAGGGCUACUUUUUUACGUCCACUUUUACCGGAUUUCAUUUGAAAAAAAUGCAUUUUGUAUAGAGCAGUACUUUUAUUUCAUAUUUGAUACCUGGCUUAGGAUACGCUAUAACAUACAAAUAAUACGUUCUUUUUCAGUAUUCCGUUACAUGUCGUCUGUGCGUAAGGAAUGUUUUAUAUUACAGGUGAAGUUUAAAAUGCUGCCUGUCUAAGAAUCGA